UCUCUAAGGCCGAUGAAUUGUCGAUGGCAUAAGUAUCGCUCUGUCCUAUGAUGGGCAGAGCUCCAUUGAGGUCUUCGUAGAUAUCAUCCAUGGAUCUAUCCCAUUCACAAACGCGAAAGAUCUAGAAGAAGUCGAGGAGGGGGAGAAUGUUACAUUAAGAGAUCUGACGUCGACGUUGAUGGAGUAUUCCUUCACGACGACAUCCCAAUUGAGAGCCCAUGCAGUCUGGCGGCGCUGAAGUUGUUGAGCAGAGUGAACCCGCAGGCGGAGACGCAGAAAAGCGCCUCGGUAGAGUUGAGAUUGUUGUCGUAGGAAGCUGGGUAGAAGUAGAGGCGGAGGAAUUUGUGACCGGAACCGACGGGGAAGGAGUAGGUGAAGUUAGAGCUGAAGAUGCGGGCGAUCAUGAAGGGGAUCUGAGCGACGCAGGGGUUUUGAGAGGCCGCAGCGCGGUCAGGGAGUUCCCAGAUGGGGGUAAGUACUUGGAGCCCUAGUUCACAGGUAGGGUCUGGUUAGGGGGUUGGGUUGGUACAGAUGACGUGGCAGGUCGGGUCUCACUAUUUCCGGGUUAAAUAGGGUUUGAUUAGACGAUUCCGUCCGCUACAUCAACACUUAAAGGAAUUUGUUAACGGAGAUGGACAUGACUAGCAGAGAGUCACCAAACGUGAACAUUUUCACUAAAGUUAGUGACCACCAAUGGAUUUAAAUAUUUGGAUAAUGUCUAUUUUUUUAUCAAAAUCUUUUUCCGAUUUUUUUUAUUAGGCAAACCUAUCGAAAUACUAAGAAUUAACCAAAUGUUAACUCUCAGUUAGCAAUUUUGUUAGUAUUAUUGAAUUGGUAACAUGAUAUUGACUUAGAAAAGACAUAUGAAUGUCAACAUUGCAAAAUUUUAGUAUUUUAACUAAGAAAAGAGUUACAAAAUUAUUAAUAAUAACGUAAAAUUGUC